ACGCGAAAGCAACGAUGCAGGAACAACCUCUUCUUCACUUUCUCUUCGUCGUCCUCCUGAGACAUCUCCCUCUUCAUUCACCUUUUUUCUCUGUGGGUUUGUUUAACUGAAGGCGGCACAACUGGCGGCUGAAAUGGGCGAAUGGAAUCUGCUGGGCCGCCUGCUGGAUAAGGUGCAGAGCCACUCCACGGUGGUCGGCAAGGUCUGGCUCACCGUGCUGUUUGUCUUCCGCAUCAUGGUCCUGCGCACCGGCGCUGAGAAGGUGUGGGGCGACGAGCAGUCCGACUUUGUCUGCAACACUCAGCAGCCCGGCUGUGAGAACGUCUGCUACGAUCAAGCCUUCCCCAUCUCCCAUGUUCGCUUUUGGGUCCUUCAGAUUAUUGCCGUGGCGACUCCGAAGCUGCUGUACCUUGGUCACGUCCUCCACGUGAUCCACAUUGAGAAGAAGGUGAAGGAGAGGAUGAAGAAGCAGGCCGAGUUGGAUGACCAGUCCAGUCUCUUCCUUAGGAGGACCUACAAAGUUCCCAAGUACACCAAGAGCACUGGCAAGAUCAGUAUCCGUGGCUGUCUCCUUCGCAGUUAUGUCCUCCAUCUUAUAGCCAAGAUCAUCCUGGAGGUUUUGUUCAUCUUGGGUCAGUACUUUCUUUACGGCUUCACCCUCCAGCCUCGCUACGUCUGCAGCCGCUCCCCUUGCCCUCACAAGGUGGACUGCUUCCUGUCCAGGCCGACAGAGAAGUCGGUCAUCAUCUGGUUCAUGCUGGUGUCGGCGUGCGUCUCCCUCGUCCUCAGCGUCAUUGAGCUGAUCUACCUGUUUGUGAAAGCUGUGAAGGAGUGCAUGGCGAGGAGGCAGGAUUACACCGUGACCCCGGUGACGCCUCCGCCCUCGGGAAGGAAGGCUUUUAAAACCCGUGACGUGAUGCUUCAAAAUUGUCUCAACCUGGAGCUGGAGCUCCAAGGACGGAAGCUAGGAGCCAACGGGGCCGCAGGAGGGGGCAGCGAGGCUGCCAAGCUUGUGAUGCCCGAGGUCCGCAUCUGAAGCAGGGAGUGUGUGUGUGUGUGUGUGUGUGUGUGUGUGUGUGUGUGUGUGUGUGGUGUGUGUGAGUGUGUGUGUGUGUGUGUGUGUGUGUGU